GCCUGGACUGAGCCGCAGAUAUCUACGAGGAGGAGGAGGAGCAGUCGAAGUUUAACUUUCCUACAGGAGGAAAAGACCUAAACCAAACGAGAAGGGAGAGUUUUGACGUCUGGACGAAGCGGAAUAUCGCAUGUUGUUGGCAUGGAGUGACACCUCGAUCACCGGGAUCUUUGGAAAAACAACGAUGGCAACCAGUUUUGUGAAGUGGAUCAGCCUCACCUCUCUGCUCUGCCUGGGCUCCUGUGUGCUGGCGGAAAAGAAAGUGUGCCAAGGAAUCUCUAAUCGCUUAAACCUUCUGGGCUCCAAGGAAGACCACUACCAGAACAUGGUGAAGACCUACAGCAACUGCACUGUAGUCCUGGAGAAUCUGGAAGUGACCUACAUGGAGGCGCACCGUGACCUGUCCUUCCUCAGGUCAAUUGAAGAAGUGGGCGGUUAUGUCCUGAUCGCCCUCAACACAGCCCCAAGGAUUACUCUGGAAAACCUGCGUAUCAUUCGCGGUCAUUCCCUCUAUGAGGGAAAGUUUGCUCUCACUGUUCUUGCCAAUAAGGACAAAGCUACAGGUCAGAGCACCAGAGAGAUUGUUCUCACCAGCCUGACGGAAAUUCUCGAAGGAGGCGUUAAGUUCGGGUCCCACCAGCUGUGCAACGUGGAGACGAUUCAGUGGUACGAUAUCGUCAACAUGGACCGCAAACCUGUCAUGGAGCUGCCGGAGGCCAGCAACAAUCCACUUUGUAAACCAUGUGACUCAAGCUGCUUCAAUGGUUCAUGUUGGGCAUCUGGUCCUGAAAACUGUCAAACUUUAACAAAGCUCAACUGUGCACAGCAGUGCUCUAAGAGAUGCAAAGGACCUUCACCGAGCGACUGCUGUAAUGAGCAUUGUGCCGCCGGCUGCACAGGACCACGGCCCACUGACUGUCUGGCUUGUCGGGACUUCCAGGAUGAUGGGGUGUGCAAGGACUCGUGCCCGGGCCUCUGGCGCUACGACCCCAAUCUGCACCAGCUGGUGCCCAACCCACAUGGAAAGUACAACUUCGGGGCCACGUGUGUCAAGAGCUGCCCUCAUAACUAUAUUGUGACGGAUCAUGGGGCCUGUGUGCGGACGUGCAGUGGUAAUACAUUCGAGGUGUCUGAGGGCGGAGUCAGGAAAUGUGCCAAGUGUAUCGGACUGUGCCCCAAAGUGUGUAACGGACUCGGCACAGGAGACCUGGUGCGCACGCUCUCUAUUAACGCCACCAACAUCGACUCCUUUAAAAACUGCACAAAAAUAAACGGCAACAUUGCCAUCAUCAAAACGUCCAUUCAUGGGGACACAUAUACCAAAACACCGAAGAUGGACCCUGCCCAGCUUGAUGUGUUCAAGACAGUUAAGGAAAUUACUGGAUACUUGUGGAUUCAAAUGUGGCCAGAGAGCAUGACCUCACUCAGCCCCUUUGAGAACCUGGAGAUCAUUCGAGGAAGAACUAAACGUGGGAGCCGCAGUGUGGUUGUGACUCAGCUCGGCAUCACCUACCUGGGCCUUCGUUCACUCAAAGAGAUUAGUGACGGGGAUGUGGUGAUCUUUAAGAACCAAAACUUGUGCUACACCAAUAAAGGCCACUGGGAGGCACUCUUCAAAUCAAAAAGCCAAAGUGCCACUGUUGGGGAAAAUUCUGAUGCUGACACAUGUGAUCUGAGAAACAACACUUGCGACAGGAAGUGUACCACAGACGGCUGCUGGGGUCCCGGCCCAGACAUGUGCUUUGCCUGCCGUGACUACAGCCGCGAUGGGAGCUGCGUUGACUCCUGCAACAUCCUUGAGGGAGAGCCACGGGAGGCAGUCGUGAAACAAACCUGCGUGGAGUGUCACCCCGAGUGUCGACGCAUGAACGGGACUGCAACCUGUAGUGCACCUGGUUCUGGAAAUUGUACUAAGUGUGCCAGCUUCCAAGAUGGACUGUUCUGUGUGCCUCGCUGUCCCCAAGGCGUGCCAGGGAAGGAUGAAGCACUAGUGUGGAAAUACGCAGAUGAGAUGAAAGUGUGCCAGCUUUGCCACAAGAACUGCACUCAAGGGUGCACCGGCCCUGGUCUUGAAGCCUGCCAUAUUAAACGCCCAUCUGGUCUGUCCAUGGUUGCAGCUGGUGUGGUUGGAGGGCUGCUGGCUGUUCUUAUUGCAGGCCUGUCGGUUUUCGUGUUGCUACGCCGACGCCACAUCAAGAGGAAGAGGACCAUGCGCAGGCUGCUCCAAGAGAGAGAGCUGGUUGAGCCUCUAACUCCGAGCGGAGAGGCACCGAACCAGGCUCUGCUGCGGAUCCUGAAAGAGCCUGAAUUUAAGAAAAUCAAAGUGCUGGGAUCAGGGGCUUUUGGCACAGUUUAUAAGGGCCUGUGGGUUCCAGAGGGAGAGGAUGUGAAGAUCCCAGUGGCCAUCAAGCUUUUAAGAGAGGCCACAUCACCAAAAGCAAACAAAGAGAUCUUGGACGAGGCGUAUGUGAUGGCCAGCGUGGAACACCCUCAUGUGUGUCGCCUGCUUGGCAUCUGCCUGACCUCCACUGUGCAGCUCGUCACCCAGCUGAUGCCAUUCGGCUGCCUGCUGGACUACGUCAAAGAGAAGAAGGACAACAUUGGCUCUCAGCACCUGCUCAACUGGUGUGUGCAGAUUGCCAAGGGUAUGAACUACCUGGAGGAGCGCCACUUGGUACACCGUGACUUGGCAGCCAGAAACGUUCUAGUGAAGACUCCUCACCAUGUCAAGAUCACAGACUUUGGUCUGGCUAAACUCCUCAAUGCAGAUGAGAAGGAGUACCACGCAGAUGGCGGCAAGGUCCCAAUAAAAUGGAUGGCUCUCGAAUCUAUCCUGAACAGGACGUACACACACCAGAGUGAUGUAUGGAGCUAUGGUGUGACAGUCUGGGAGCUGAUGACAUUUGGGACCAAACCGUAUGAUGGGAUUCCAGCCAAUAAAAUAGCUGGAGUCCUAGAGAAAGGGGAGCGACUGCCUCAACCGCCGAUCUGCACCAUAGAUGUUUACAUGAUCAUGGUGAAAUGUUGGAUGAUUGAUGCAGACAGCAGACCUAGGUUUCGGGAACUAAUAGCCGAGUUUACAAAGAUGGCACGGGAUCCUUCUCGUUAUCUUGUCAUUCAGGGGGACGACUGCAUGCACCUACCGAGUCCCACAGACACUAAGUUCUACCGUAGCCUGAUCAGCGGGGAGGACAUGGAGGACGCUGUGGAUGCAGACGAGUACCUGAUGCCACAACAUGGCUUCUUCAGCAGUCCAAGCACCUCCCACACGCCACUGCUUCACUCCACAAGUCUCAACAGCAGCAUCGGAACAUGUCAUGGCAGAAAUGGAUUACAAAAUGGAUUCCUGAGCAGAGACGGGAGCGCUGUCCUGCGGUACAUUCCUGACCCCACUGACAAAUUUCCCGAUGACGCCUUCCUGCCAGUACCGGAAUAUAUUAACCAGAACGGAAUCUCAGACAUGAUGAAUCCCAUUUACCAGCAACCGGGUCCGCCUCGCACACUCCUUCCCACUAUCUCCUCAGACGACACAGAGACGGAAUACCUGAACUGCUUUAAGAACGGGGCCGAUGGGCCCGAGUACCUAAACGACAUCCCAUCCCCCGCCAUCCUCCCACAUACCGCCAACGGCAAAGUCCACAGCAUUCAGAAAUACCAGAACAGCAUAGACAACCCUGAUUACCAGCAGGACUUUAGCCCCAUGUUCAAGACACAUGCAAACGGACACAUCCCAGCGGCAGAGAACGCAGAGUAUCUGGGUCCAGACUGACAAGUGGGAUGGAUGCGAAUGAGAAAUGAAAGACAGUUUCCUGAGCAGUGGUGUCUUUGAUGGGAGAGCAUAUACUUAACUAUAUACCAUCAGUUUCCAUACAUAUGUCGUAUCCUGUCUCACAGAGUCAGGUGACACUCUGCAGCUUUCCAUGUUGUUUGCAUGUCGUCAUAACUCAUGUAAAACUGGUCCCAUUUCAAAGACUUUUCUUCUUACAGUCAAAUAAUAAAGGGCCUUUUCUUUGUCUUGAUGAAAGCUGGACGAACACUGAUUCAUGGUAUGACUCAGUUGACCUGAGAGUUUCUGGACGAGACCGAACUGUCUUAAAGUGGUGCGCCCCCCCUGAGAAAGUGAAAAUCUCUUUUGAAUAUCUCAGAAAAUGCUCUACUAAAAAUGCUGUACAUGACCCAAAUGUGACUGUGGAGGAAUUCUGAUCGAAGGAUGUAAAUGGCUGAAUUCUUUUGCGAGGCAGAAGCUUCUUUUACAAAGGAAAGACACUGGUAGCUCAACCCAAAAACACACACUUUAGGUACACAUGUUUGUAGAAUCACAGAUCACAGGUUCAAGAGACACAGUCAGCAAAGAGUAUUGAUACGUUUGAAAUGAAAGGGCUUGACGACACACAGUGGAGCACUCCGCUUGACACUGAUAUGAAGCCUCACAGAACAAUUUAUCUCUGUCAGGAAGUCAGGAAGAUGAUGAAAGGGGUGUGAGAUACUGAAUUGACUGUCGGGCCCUCAGGGGCCUGACGACACUCUUCCUGAAGGAUGAGUCAGUGAGAACGCAGAAUGUCGCAAUGUGUUGAAUGUACUGUCAGUUUAAAGGGGAAUACUGUUGAAUUAUAAUUAUAUAACUUUGAACAUAUUACCUUUUGUGCUCUAAGAUAGUUCUGUGUGUAUGUGUGUAUGUGUGUAUGUGUGUGUGUGUACUUGUUACCUCUUUAGGACCCUUUCUGGCAUAAACAAUGACCUUGUCAAGGCCAGCAGUCCUCACGGAGGCCAAAACCUGGUCCUAAUGAGGCAGAAACUUAUUUCUGAGAAACUUGUUAAGUUUAGGGCUAAGAUUUAAAUUCAGGUUAUGGUUAAGGUUAUAGAUGACACUUUGUUUAGGCUGUCCAAGUAAAUGAAAGUCAAUGCAAGUCCUUAAAAGGAUAGCUGUGUAAACCCGGGUGUUUGGUUGUGUGAGUCAGCCUCUCUUGUUUGCCCUUUUGUGUGAUACCACGGCAACUAUGUUGGGAAUGCGUUGAUAAAUAUGGCAAAUGUGACUGUGGUCAUAUUCACACUGCUCUGACUUUUUGUUGCUGAAACAGUGUCACACUUUUUGUGGAAAAACACAAUGUUGGCUAAACUAAACUCUAUACUUUUAGUGUAUUAGUUUACUUUCUUUUCCAGCCCUGUUACAAGGUAGUCCCCAUUAAUAGAAAAAAAAUAUUGAAUACUCCAGACUAAACUUCAAGUUUGUACAUUCUCUCUACAACCAUUCCAGUUGAUUUUUGUGUUUUUUUUUUUGGUUUGUUUUUUAUUUAAUUACUGUCUUAGUUCAUGCAAGUAACUUGUUUGAAUUUUUAACACAAAUAGUAUUUCCCUGUAAACCUGAUAUAUUUCAGAGACAGUUUAAAUAGCUCUGUGUCACUUGAGAAACUAAGAAUGUUUCUGAUGUUUGUGUUAAUCUAUUCCAUUUCCGGGAGAUUUUUCCUUGUCUUUUUUUUUCACCAUUGGUAUAGAACGUUGUUUCACGCAGGAUGUUGAGACUACCAUGAUGAAUUUGCUCCUAUCUGUAAAGUCUUUCAGCAUUAACUUAGAAAAUGUUAUUCCUAGUUUUAAAGGGAUAUCCUAUUGUAGCAAGCUGUAAAGCCUACCUUUGCUGAUUUUACACAGGUACAUGUACAGAAAACAGUAGAUGUUGCUGUAAUAUACUCCGAAACAGUUACCUAUAAUUUAUCAGUACACGAUUUUGUCACAUCAUAAGUGAAUAUGCACUUGUUCCUUAAUUGUAAAAAGUGAAUAUGAAUAAAUAUUUUUUUUUCUAUGGAAAUA